ACGUAACCUAAUUAAUAUUCAUGAUCGAAGCUUUCGCCAUAGUAGGAUUCGAAAGUUUGCCUUCCCCCAACAACAACACUGUCCUUUACCGCGAAAAGUGCGGUGCCUUUUCUAUCGAGGAAAGCUCGAGCUGGCUACAGCCAUUAUGGCUGCUGUUUAUACUGCAAAUGAUGGUAGUUUGCAGUCCAAUAAUGAAAGUUUGUCCUCUGAAUAUGAGAAAGGUGCAGGCCAAGAGGUAAACAUCGAUCCAGUGAGCAAUAGCAAAGCCAGCAAUGCUAAAAACACGGACGGAGAAAUGGAUUUAAGUCCCAGUGGCCCUAUAUUGAAAGCCCAGGACCACGCCGAAGUUGUUGCAGCCGAUGCUGCAGUUGCACCCGUGAAGAUUGAAAGAGAACAAGCAGACGAAGAUGAAUGUGUAGUUGUACAUAUAGACGAGGUCGAGGAAGAAAAUUUGUCUGAUAUUACCAAUAAAGGAGACUCGUCUCAAAGAGAUAAAAGUGCAGAAGGGGAUUGGCCAUUUCGCUGUGAGGAUUGCAGUGAGGCCUUUGGGAACAAGGAGGACUACCUAGAGCAUUGCAGCGAGCAUAUCCACGAUGGUCCCAUAGUCUGCCUGGACACAGAUUCGCAAUGGGAUGACCUGCUUAUCUCGACCGACGGAGGGCGGAGAACAUUGUUCUGUGCUCUUUGUGGUCAAAAGUUUUCAAGCUCGAAAGGCUUUUUCAGCCAUCAACUGAAGCACCGCAAUCAAGUCAUUAAACAGGGUAUAGGUGAUGGGGAAAGUGCAGUAAGGCAGAAGCUUUUCAAAUGUAAGGAUUGCGGUAAAGCUUAUUCCACUGUUGGUCAGUGUCUCAACCAUCAGCGUUCACAUAAACAGGCCUCAAAAUCAGUUUUUCAUCAGCUCGCUCAUCUGAAGAAAAAGUCAUUUCGGUGCCCCACCUGUGGACGCUGUUACUCUCGAGCUUCGGCUCUUGACGCGCAUCGUCGUUGUCAUGAGGUAAAGCUAGUAAAAUCCAAAAGCUUAGAAACUGAGAAACUUAAUGAAGCUUCAGGUCAAACCAAAGACAGUGGCACAAGCCCUGAACAGAAUGAGGAGCAUGAGCAAAAGGUUUUUCAGUGCUUCUGUGGCAAAUCAUUUCGCACCAUGUGUGGCCUUGGCACGCACCAGAGAUUCUCAACCAGCUGUUCAGAUGGAAAGGUGAAGGAGGAAAUUAAGCAUCCGUUUGUUUGCUCUGAAUGCAACAAGACCUUUGUUAGCUCUGUGGCUCUGUUGUGCCAUCAGCGUUGGCAUAAAAGACGGGCACAACUUGGCUGCAGUGACCAGCCGUAUAAAUGUACCGAGUGUGGCAAGGUCUUCACCUCACUUACAUUCUACAGUAAGCACCAGCGAUUGGCGCACAGCAAAGAGCUGCCAGCAAAAUCAUUCCUUCAUCAAGUUAUCCAGCUCAAGAAGAAAGCUUUUGAGUGUGAGGAGUGUGGUCGUCGGUUCUCAAGAGCAUCCGCCCUGCAGUCGCAUCAGCUCUGUCAUACUGAUGUCUUCCGUGACAUCAUGGAGAAGAAGUCUGAGAUGAGCACCGCCACUCAGCCAGUAAAAAUAUAUCAGAAUGACAAUGCUGACAGUGUUGUUUUUCAUUCUCAAGACAUACCACAUGCUCAAGUUCAAGAGAAAGAUUUUAACUAUAGUCACACAGCAGAAGAGCAUGAGGCCGUAGAUGUCGAUUAUGAAGUUGUCCAUAUCACGGCUUCAGAUGAUUAUGAGAACAACAGUGGUCUCUCUCAGGAUCAAAAUCCUGAUCUCGAGUUAGUGUGUGAAUCAGACCACGAGGAAAAAGAUGACUUGGGUCAAACUGAAUGCACCUCCUCCCUGCAGUUGAAUCCAGAAAUUGAUGUCAAAAUUGUACAGAUCGAUUAUGAGCACUUAAAUGAUGAGCCAUUAAUAAAUGCAGAACUAACAAGCAAAAGAAGUCCUCAAGAGGCCAAGUAUAAUUGUCCACAUUGUGAUCGAAAGUUUGUCAAGGCUUUGUCCUUGCGCUGUCACAUACUUUGGCACAAAGGGUGCAUGGGAAAAAAAUCAGAUGGGAGGCAGAAGUUCGAUGUACUGAUACCAACUAAAAGGACACUUUUAACAUGUGAGGUUUGUGGCCAUGAAAGUGCCUCCAAGAGUGCUCAUUACUUUCACAUGGGCAAGCAUGAGGAUAAAGUAGCGUAUAAGUCUAUUUCGUACCAACUUGCAAAUCUGCAGAAGAAAAAUAUUAAAUGUGAAGAGUGUGGCAAGUCUUUUUCCCGACUGUCUGCAUUGCAUUCUCACCAACAGCAUCACAAUAGUAGAAAAAAGGCCUUUGCUUGCUUGGAGUGUAACAGGAGCUAUGCGACCGCAAGUGGUCUGUACAACCACCGGAAGGUUUGCAGUGGCACUGCCAAAGACGAAAAGACAAAGCAUUUCAACCCAACCAAGUCACUUCUGGGCCCAAAGGUUCAUCACUGUAAAAAGUGUGGUAAAGGUUUUUGGUCUUUGGGAGCUUUCUGUCAUCACAAGCAAAACCACUUGGAGUGUGCCGAUGUCGAGAUGAGGCCUGCGGGUAUGCCUGACUCUGAGAAUGUUCUCAUUCGGCGCAAGAAAAGGGGUCGUAGGGGUGGUUAUAGAAAAGUGCACCCUAUGAAUUCAAAAGAGGAACAUAAAUGUGAGGUGUGUGGCAAAUCAUACCACAUGCUGGCUUGUUUUCUUAAACACAAGCUUGUCCAUGACCAAGGUGUCCAACCUGCUGUCAAAUCUUUUGACUAUCAAGUCCAACAGCUGAAAAAGAACUCCUACCAAUGUCCCUACUGCGGAAAAGUUUUCUCCCGUGCCAUGGCCCUCCAGUUUCACAUGAAGAGUCAUGGCUUUGAAAUUGGCCAUCCUUUGAUUGACUCUGACUUGUCUGAGCAACCUCAGUGUCCGACGUGCUAUGUUUUUUUUGCAUCUGAGUCAAUACUACAAAAUCAUCAGAAGCACUGUUCAAAACCAGAGGACAAAGUGAAAUAUCCAGAAGAAUGUGGGAAAGUUGGGAUAGAGGAGCAAGAUGUAUCCUCGCAAAAAGCUGAAGGUGUUUGUGACUCUUCUCAGUCGGCUGAUUCUGGAAAAGUACAGAAAACAUCUUCGACUUCGGAUUUGAAAUAUAAAUGUCAGGACUGUAGCCGAAGCUUUUCGGUAAUUGGUGCACUUAAUUUUCACAAGCGAAUUCAUCGCAAAGGUCACCAAUCUAAAAAGCUGAAAUCCCAUUCGGCAAAACAGUUUAAGCUUGGCAAAGUAAAGUCAGAUAAGUUUUCGGCAAAAUCGUCUUUUGCCUGUGCUGAAUGCGGAAGAUAUUUUAACUCCAAUUCAGCUCUUGGCACACAUAGGCGAUGGCACAAAGACAAAAAAUUUGCCCGAUUUCUCUCAAAGACCAAUAAGAUACGCUCAAGGAAAAGUGUGGAUGGUGGACCAUAUUUAUGCAAUGUAUGCGGGAAAGGAUUCUUUUACCUUUGUGUUCUUCGCCGGCAUCAGCUACAUCACCCUCCCAUGGAAACCCAACACCAAAAAGAGCAUGAAGUUGCUGAAUCAAAUAGUAGUUUUACCUGUCCAGAUUGUCAGAUGUCUUUCUCAAGUGGGUCUCUUCUAACAACUCACUUUGCAGAACAUCACAGCAAGCCUAGUGAGACUGAGAAACUCCAGUCUGAAAUUCUCCCUACAGAUGAGUUGAGUUCACCCAUCAAGCAAUCUUACGCAUCCAAAACAAAAGAGAAGACUAAGGUGCAACACCAUCAGUGCUCCUACUGCACCAAGAGCUUUUUGAACAUACGUGGCCUUCGUGCACACAAAUGGCAGAAACACAACAAGGUUAGCGAACAUAACACUGCGUCUCUAGAAGAGCGCUUGGCAUAUGAGAAGCCCUUAGCUUCUCAAGGGGUUGUUCCUAAAAUGUCGACUAAGAAAGACUUGAAAACUUCUAUGGAGGAAGAACCCAUACAGCGUAGUCGAAAUGUAGAACUCACCAAAUGUUUUUUCAAAUGUGAUAAAUGUGCUAAAGUGUUUCCCAGUGAGGAGCAGUUAAAUGCUCACAAAGAGGUUGCGAAGACUCGUCCGCACUGCUGUGCUCUUUGCUGCCGCGGUUACUGGACUGAAAACCAGCUUCAGCAGCAUCUCGCAUGGCACAAUGAAGUACGCCGACGUCUCCCAACGGAACUGCGAUACAGACUGAGUGCUUCCAUGGCAGCUGGGCCUUCAGACAACCUGCAGGCUUCAUCGCACAGAUCCGAGUCUAUAGUCAAGCUGCCUGUAGCCCUUGUAAGUCCACAAAUCAACAGCCAUAAAUGUCUGCACUGCGGAAAGACGUUCUUAUCACCUCGUGCCCUGCAGCAGCACCAGACUCUUCACAAAAAUGAGGAGCCCUACCAUUGUUCUUUGUGUUCACAGACCUUUACUGAAAUCAGACAUCUUAUUGACCACCAUCAGGAGUGCUUGGGUGAUAAAGAGCUAAAAGACAGGUACUCUACUCCCGUAGUAAGAGGCGCUCUUCACCUAACUUGCAUUGAGUGUGGGAUUUCCUUCAAACAGGAAACAGAACUGCAUCAGCAUUAUAUUGAGCAUGCACGUGGGUUAUAAAAUGUGUAAAAAUGCAUGAGAAUGGACAUUGGUUUCUGGUACUUUGUUUACUGCACAUACACUGAUUUGAUUUAGUACUAAUUGAUUCAAGUUUGUUACCUGCUGUGAGUGUUAGUGUACAGUAGAAGAACUGUAUGUCUUAAAGAGAAAGGAAAAUGCCACAAUCAGCUUUUAAAUUCUACAUUUUUGCUGAAACUGUCGUAGAGGGAAAGAUGUCUGCUAAAUUGAAAGCAUUAUCACGGAUGUCCUUUAAACCAAAUAGUGUGUUCUAAUUACUUACAUAAAAGUUGCAUAAUUCUAGUACUCCCUUUAAAAUCUCUUUAGACCUCUGCAAAGUGUUUCGGUGUAUUAAGGAGUUUUUAAAGAUUUAUUUUUUUUUCUCUUUUUUUAGUUGCUCAGUUUAGUGCCGGUGCUGCUUUCUGUCAUCUUGUACUUUGAAAGUGCUGUUAAUUUAAACUACAAAGCUGUUUGUUAGAUAUUUGUUGUACAUGUUAUUUAAAAAGUUUAUUUUUUUUGGAAGCAUUACAGCUUAAAUGUUAUGUUUGGUCGUGCUAGACAUUGAUUUGUGAUUUGUACAACAUCUGUUCAUGCCAUUGUCAUUGUUCCUUUAUUGCUAUUGAUGUCAGCAUAGCAUAAUCCACCUUUCUGUAAUAUUUAGGUUUUGGUUUUACUUUUACAUUUUUUUUCAAGUUAUUGAAAAACAUUGGGGUUGAGGUUUAAUGUGUCUCUUAAAAAUAUUGUGACUGUACAGAAAAUGAUUGGCUUGAUAUAAUGCUAAGUUCCGAAGUAUGAAUUCCCUCAAGUUGUGUUAAUGACAUUAAGAAUGUAUGAAUAAGAUGCAAACUGGUCAGUAGAGGCAGGGUUAUUUGUGUAGGCCUGAUAUGUUGAAUCGUAAUUAGAAUAGCACAUCAGUUGAACUAAAAAAAAAAAAAAAGACUUAAAUUUAACAGUUAAUGUUAACAUUCCAUUUUGUCAAGUCUUGGGUGGCCGGUGAUUGUGAAGGUUUAUGGUUGGUUUGUUAAUAAAAGACCAUCCUUUAAUUUAUUUGUUGAUUCAUUUUCAAAAAUUGUGAGAUUAACCAGGAAUUAACCAUUACAUGACUUGAAUAGGUACAAAAUAUGCAUGCACCCAGAAGGAAGAGAAAUUCCAAGUAAAAA